AUUUUUUUCUGUAAAUCAAAAAUGUCAGAAAAAGGGAAAGAAAAACUGAUAGUUAAACAAGAAGAAGAGGAGGAAUAUGAUGCAGCACUAGACGAUUUUAAUAGACCACCUACUGAAGCAGAAAUGUUAGAAAUAGCUGAAUUACGAGCCUUUGACGAUAUGAUGGCUGAAGAAGAUGAUGAUCACGAUUCUCUAGAUGAUUGGCUUGACGAAACACCGCAUGUUCGUUCUGAUGAUGAAGAAAUGGAUGAUGAAAUCAAUGUACAAUUACAAACUAUCGUUGAACAACGUGAAAGAUUUAGAACAGGUGGCAUUGAAGAACUCGAACGAGACAUGGAAGAAUUUGACAAUAAUUUAGCAUUAACAACCGGCAUUGGUGCUAAAAAAAUUAGAGGAUCACUUAGAAAACGCAUGCAGGCAGGCGAAUUCAAGUUUUCUGAAGAAGGAAAACAACGUUUUGGUCAAGCCAAUUCUCUUUAUAUUGCUCGUGAUUAUGGUCAAGCCAUUAGUUUACUUCAAGAGAUUAUUACAGAACAUCCAAAUGCACAUCCAGCUUGGAACACAUUGGGUUUAGUUCAUGAAGAAUUAGGAAAUAAUGAAAAGUCUAUCAAGUUUCGUAUGGUUGCUGCUCAUUUAUGUAAUGAUAUUAAAUUAUGGAAAGAAUUAGCCCUGAAAUCAAUUGAAAAUGAUGUUCCAAAACAAGCUAUUUAUUGUCUUACAAAAGUACUUACAUUAGAUCCCACAGAUGUUGAUGCUCUUUGGGACCGUUCUUUUCUAUUUAAACAGCUUGACAAGAAUCAAUUAGCUAUUGAUGGCUUUUUAGCCAUUCUGGAACAAAUGCCACAUCAUUUUAAGGUCAUUAAUGAACUUGCACAACUCUAUCGACAACAAGGUAGAACUAAAGAAGCCAUUCAACUCUAUGAAGACGCUAUUGUUCAUCACAGUAAAAACGAUAAAUAUGGUAAUGGUAACGAUAGCGAAGAAGAAGAAGAAGAAGAAGAAGAAGAUGAGUUUCAGGAUCGUUUAGGAUAUUCAGAGAUUAACAUGUUAAGUGAGCUUUACUUGAUUUUAAAUGACUACAGAAGAUCUUUAGAUACAAUCAAGACUGGUUUGAGACAUAUUCAAAAGAGACAAAAUGAGACUUGGUGGGCCGAUCGAAUAGAUGAUGACGAUGAGUAUCUUUCAGAAGAAGGAGAUAUACCAAGAACAGAUUUCCCAAUUGAACUUCGUGUAAGAAUGGGUAUUUGUCGAUUAUAUCUAAACCAAGUGAGAUUGGCAACUAGACAUUUUCAAUAUUUGCUACAAUAUCCUCCAACAAUCUAUCCUGAUUUACAUCAAGAUAUUGCUUAUGCUUAUUACGAUAAAAGACAUUAUGAUCUUGCAGUAAUGGUCUUUCAAAGGAUUAUUGAUUCAUCCGAAGAAAUUGAAGUAGAUUUGUUAAUUCGUACUGCUGAUUGUUACAGAGAAAUAGGUGAUUUAGAAACUGCUGUUGUCUUUUACGUCAAUGUCCUUGAUGAACAACCCAAUAAUCUAGAUGUCAUGAUGUCGCUUGCUACUGUCUAUGAAGAGCAAGGCAAAGAAGACAAAGCACUUGAAUUAGUUGAAUAUGUUAUGAAAAAGAAUCGUGAAGAACGCCGACAUAAGAAGGCUCUCUCCACGGCUGAUAUGCUAAUUGAACAUGAUAGAGCUAUCAAAAGGAACAAAAAGGCAUCCUUGUUUGAUGAAAAACCAAUGCAACUGACUAAGAAUGAAUACUAUCGCAUCAAACGAAUGGAGCGUCAAAAACAAGAAGAAGAAAAGAUAUAUGCUACAAAGGCGCUAUUUGAUAAAUUGCAAGAAUUGGAUGAAUGUACAGGGCCAAAGUUGAUUGAGAUGGAUCGUACAAUGAUGCGUGAUUAUAUGAGAAAUGCUCAGGAACUAUGGGAGGACUUUAGAUCGACAACGGCAUUUUAUCCAUCUCUCAGAGCUACUAGAUUCCAAGGUUUUUAUGCAUUAAGAAGAGGUAAGAGAGCAUUUAGUGGAGACGAUAUUCAUUUAGAAGCAAGAAAUAUGGCCAGUCGACUUCGACCUAAAGUGAAAACAGAAGAUGGUCAACAACCAAAAAUUGAAGAGGAUGAAGAAGAACGACAGAUGCGAGAAGAAGAAGAAAGACGAGAGAGAAUGUUGGCUGCCUCUCAUUUUAGAACUAUACCGUUUGAUAAAUGGCAUCGUACUUUUAUAAAAUAUGCUUAUAUGCUAGCCAUCACUAAACGAGCUGAUGAAGCAUAUGAAUUAUUAAAAAAGGCAAUUGAAGCUAACGUGUUUUAUCAUGAUAUACCCAAAAAGACAGCUCUUUAUUUAGCAUUAAUAGGUUGUGGUUUAAUUGGAAAAAAAGAAUAUAUUGCACAAGAAGGAGCACGUUGGUUAUGUAAUUUUUAUCAAUUUAAAAAUGACCCGUUUAGAAUUUAUACAGCUGUUGUUGAUGCGUCUUCACCUACAGGAAAUAGUUCAAUUGCCUACUCACAAAUCAAGUACUUGAAUCGUAUGGUUCAGCUUAAUGACGCUAUAGCUGCUAAAAAUCGAACAAAGGAACAAAACGAUGGUAAGGGAACUGAGGACGAAAUUCAGAGAUUGAAUGACGCAGUGAUGGGAAUGGAAGUCGUUGUUAAUGCCGAACUUAACGAUGAUAACAUAAGUGAUGAUAUUGAUGAAGGUGAUAAUGGUAGCAAUACAAAUUAUCCUGAAUUUCGAGCAUUUCAAUACGUACCUUCAGCUGUCAACAAAAAUGAUACAACUCGUACAGUACGAAAUUUAGGUCUUACAGAUGUGACAUAUGUUAAUCCUAUUCUUUUAACUGCUAUCGGACAUAUGAUGACAUUCUCAAAAAACCAUACAGCAGCUAGUUUAUUUCAUAUGAGAGCUUUAGCUUUAGCGCGUAAAGAUCCAGUUAACAGGCUUUCACUAGGCUUGGCUUUACUUCAUACAGCUGUUAACCGUAGAACAGAUAAUCGUCAUUUACAGAUCAUGCAAGGUAUGAUGUUUUUACAAGAAUACGAGAGAUUAUCAGAAAGCAAGCAGGAAGCCGCGUAUAAUUUAGCACGUGCUUUCCAUAUGUUGGGCCUUACACAUUUAGCCACUAAGCAUUAUGAACGUGUACUUUGUAUGCCAUCCAUAAAAAAGGCGCCAUUAGUAGGAUCAUUGAUGAAGCCAUUAGAUGAAGUUUACAAGUGGCCAGUUUCAGAAGAAGAACAAAAGGAGUUGGAACAAGAUAUGGAUGAUGAAACUGAUUUAAAAUCUGAGGCAGCAUACAAUCUUCAUCAUAUUUAUAUUACAAGUGGUAAUAUGUAUUUGGCGCAGUUACUUUUAUCAAAGUAUUGCACGAUUUAAAACAAUGUCAUGUAUAUGUGAAGAGGAUUGUUGUAUAUAGCCUAUAAAUAAAUUAAUACCAAACAAUGCAAAGUGAUUCAUCUUUAACAUGCAUAAGGCUUUAUACUUUUAUCCUUUCUAGUAAUACAUCUACUUUCUAUAUAUAUUAUUAUACUUUCGAAAUAGCUUUAAUAUGCUUUCAUAUUUUACAUUUAAAGAUGUAAAUGUAUUCUAUGACACUAGAUGCAGUCAAGCUAUUCAUUCUAUUACAAAAUAAACUGCUAACGAG